CCUUUUCUCCCCGCCACCGCCCGCCUUCUCAAACACCUGGGCUAUCUCGUUCCACCUACCUGCUCGUUAUUCCAAUUUUCUCUUCCAUCUUCGACGUUCUUUCACCUCUUUGUCGCCGGCAUCUUCUCCCCUUUUCAAUAAUCAAGAUGUCUUCCAGAGUAGGACGAUCCAACCCUCCGCCGCCAGCCUCUAACCGGCAAAACGAGUAUUUCGUACCUCGGGAUGGCAUAGACCGCGAAGUGAUUACGGCAGACAUCUGUCGCUAUCUAGGCAACGAUGCCCUCGUCCGGCCGGGUGUCUACGAGGCACAAACUGGCCAAGUCGUCCAGGGUUACUUCAUUACGGCCUACAGAAACCUAACCACAGCUAUGAUCGAAGACCUCAAAGCAGAUUCUGCACGAUGGGAUCAAGAACGGCGGCAGCAAACCGCCCGCAACCCGGUUGGAGGUACUAUCGCCGCGAGUGACGCGAACGGCUUGUUUAUCAAGAAGUCUAACUCCCCGAUAGUCCAGUACCGCAACUCGGACACACAUCAGUCCCGACAGUACUAUGGCCCGACAGAGGGCUCAGGUCCAGCAGCUUACCAAGGAGACUCUCGUGAUGCCAUGCAUGAUUCCACUCCGAGAUACCCAGGAACCGGCAAUGCAGGAUAUACUGGAGCCGCUGGCUCGUAUUCAAACCAGUCUUUUGGUAACCAGGGUGGGUAUGGUGCUCAACAGGGCUAUGGUUCCGCGCAACCACCGCAGUUUUCACCGUCAACCGCGGAUAUGACCUACCAAAGAGACGUCGCCAUGGCGGGAACAGGAAACUACCAGCCCAAUGCGGAACGGCCAUAUACCCAGGUCAACACGCAUAUGAGAGUCAGUGGGGCAGACCCGUCGUCGAUAUAUGGUACGAGUGACCCAUACUCGGCCGGCCCAAGAGGAAUACCUGCUUCAAGUAUGGCACAGGGUAGGCCAACGUAUGUGACUUCUGGGCCUCCACCACAGGCAUUUCCACCAAGCUCCUCUGGCCCUGGCUACUACACACCGAGUGCAUCCGCACCGACGUCUCAAUUCGCUCAAGUUCAACCACAAGAUCCGUUUUACGGACGCGGUACGUGUACGAAACGCUUAUGACCACCUCUCUCGGUAGUUUCUGAUUUUUUAGCAUCGCCAGCAGGCACCCAAUCGUAUAGCUCAACACAGGCACCACAAUAUGAGACGGCCCCAGCGACUCGCACUUCAGUGCCCCCGCCGCCAUCCGGUGCUCAGAUGCCAUCUAGUGGAUCCUCCUCCUCGCG